UCAGAUAGAAGGGCUAUUAGAAGAUCAGUCCAUACCAAGUAUUAGAAACAUGAAUUAUUUCAUCGUUAUUGCAAUAUUUAUUGUACAGCUCCGCUUGACAACAGCUGUGAGUCCAGAUUUAAAUACUCAACAAGUGUUCAGUAGCUCUGAGUUGCCCUCAGAUGUUGAAAUAUUUUCAAACUAUACAUUUGAAAGGAUGGUGCAACCAGAAGACUGUUCAUAUAGUAAUUUAACAAAAUGUCAUACCGACGAGGAUUUGCAUAACGAUUACCAUUUACGGUGUUACAUAGACGUAUGUCCGAGGAAACAUUACUAUUGUUUGGACAAACCUAACGACAACAACGUUCACAUAUGUGGAAAAGCUGACAAAUGUCAUAAACGAGGAAGAAACAUAGCUGUGACUACUCCAAAGGAUAUGGAAAAUAUUAUUGUCUAUAGCAUUCCAUGUCGGCCCGGAUAUGCCCAAAUGAAUAGUGUCAAUUGUUUUAGCCCUUGUGAGAAGGACGACUCUAUUAUUGCUCGGGCGACAGCAGGGACAGACGGAAAACGAGCUUUGGCACGCUGUCACGCCGAAGAAGGCUAUUGCAAUGAAAAGUGCAUAACGUAUUUUCAGAUCGGGUCAAGUGAAGACGAGUGCGUGGUUGCAGAUGAUGACCUUGGAAUACGUUGUGACAUAACUGAAGACUUAAUGCCAGACUGUUCAUGUACAACUAAGUGUAAAUCUAAUGAAGAAAGGGAUUGGCAUGAAAGUCUUAUGUGCAAGCCUAAAGAGGAAAUCCCUGUCACCGAGAAUGCACAUAGUGUAGAGACAUCUUCAGUGACAGACAGAAUCACUCCCCCUGAAAAUGAAUCUUUUAGUGAGCAUCAAACACCUUCGUACGAGAGGGAAUCAAUUCAACCUGAAAAAGACAAAGAAAAAGACAAAGCAGAUAACGACAGCAAUAAUUUAGGAACUGGUGCUUAUAUUGCCAUCUUUGUCCUAUUAGGCUUGUUAUUCGUAUGCAUUAUAUAUGUGACUAAACUCAAGAGAAACUCAAAUAAAAGAAGAGUUGUGACCCUCCUAAAGAAGGAGUUUGUCAACAAUCAAUUCAAUAUACAUAAAUCAGAAGAUGUGAAGUUAAAUUUUGAAUCAAGUGCACGUUCAAGUCAUGACAGUCUUCUUCGGAAUCAAAAAAUUGAUAAUAUGGAUACACCUAAAGCAAACGACAGGGUUGCUCAGGAACCUUCAUAUGAAGAACAAAUGAUGUUGAAUCUAAAGAUACCACCAGAUGGACAGAAUGUAAGUGACAGUGGUAUGUAUAUAGAGGAUGAAACAACUGCAAAAAGACAGGACGGUGAGACACAAAAGGACGCGGCGAAGCUGGUUCAGUAACAUUGUAUUUGUGAACGUUUGGUACAAGUUUUUUAUGAUAGUAGUAUCUAUCUAGUAGCUACAGUUACAAAAGUUGUCGAUUGCAAAUCUGUUCACAGAUGUUACACUCUUUCAAUUCGUUCCGAUUGUGCAAUUCCACAUCAAAUAGUAGUUUCAAUUUAGUUUGAAACAAUAGAGUCGUUUUAAUCGUGUGUGCUUUAACGUGUUUGCAUUGUUAGACCUAUUUUUGUAAUAAUUAAAGGAACUCCACUGAGGUAAAAAGCCUAAAAGCAUGAAAUUUGAAAAUCUUACAAAUAUUAAGACAAUCACUUAAAAUGGAAAACUGUGCGACGGAUAAUCGUUAGAUAAGAUGAGAAUAUAAUUGAAAAUCGAUUUUAUGUGAUGCUAAGUCGGAUUUAAGUUAAAGGCGUUUCAACACUUUUUAUUUUACUUUCAUUUUUCCCUAUAAAAUGAUUUUUGUAUAUUUUGCCAAGAGCAGUAGCUUUUAGGUAAAUAUUCUCUUCGUAGAUCAAUAUAAUACGGACAAGCAAGUAAAAAGUGAUAUUCCAUUUCCACUACAUUCAUAUUGCAUUUUAAAAAAUAGUUGAUUUCUUUCUUGAUCUUCAAUCAUUAAUUUAUGAUAUUAUAUUAUGAUAUUUAUCUAAAACGUGAAAGGGCUAUUCUAAAUUUACUAUUUAUUAUACAAUCAAGAUACUUCUCUUUUCCAAACGUGUUUUUAAUUAAACUAUACGUUUCAAGUUUAUUAGAAUAAUAUAUUUCAGAAAACCAUUGUUGAUAAUAUUGAUCAUAUAUACGUUGGUAGGCAGACUUAAGAAAAAUAAAAAUAGAAUGAGGGUUAUCAAAUAAAUAAGAAAAGCAAAAGUCUUGUAAAAGACAUUUUACAUUAUUGGUCCAUUUUUUAACAAACUGAUUGUUAUAAUCUGUCAUCAUCAUUAGUUUAUACAAAAAUGAAUCUGGAUUCUUAGCAGUUAUAAACCCAAACUUUACAAUACUAAUCUUACGUAAAACAAGAAGGGGAACUCUGCCUAAUUCACCAUAUACGGUAGCAUUCAAUAUUUAUUAUCUAACAACUUAUCAGUCCCGUCAUGUCAAAAAACUUCAAUGGAAACCCUUCAUUACUAAAAUUACUAACUGAAUGUAAAUAGAACAGUCAUUUAUUUACUUACAUAGAAAAUCUAAUUUUCAACAAAGAAGUACAUUUCCAUGUUUGAAUUAAUAAAUCAGUUUUAUAUAAUGGAUAAAUGUAUUAAACCGAAACUUUAAAAGUAUGUUUCAAUGUAAGUCCUUUGUUUAUGUUACAUGCCAGACAGUUGAGAUAUAUUCAUUCAAUAGAUGUGUAUGACAUCAGUUUCAAAACAAUGCACACCUUUUCUAUUUUUUCGAAACACUUCGUCAGAUUAUUUAAUAUUGUCAGAUAACUUUUACAAACUUAUGAACCUUUUAAUAAUUAAAUAUUGUAAAACACGUUUGGGAUCCUUUUUUAUGACAAUUGUUAUAAAAGAUUAAUAAUAUCUGUCAUAUUUUGCGGUUCGGAUCGGAAUAUCCGUCCCGAGGUGAUCCGCCCAUUGGGCGGUAACGAGGCUUGCCGAGUUACCGCCCAUGGGCGGGUGACCGAGGGACGGAUAUUCCGAUCCGAACCGCAAACAUAUGUCAGAUAUUUUUUCUUGCAUAUUCUACCAUAUUCCAUUAUAUUUUUAAUUCUUUAUCUUUAUUUUCUAUGAAAAUUGAUAUCAUUACUACCGUAACUACUUUCAUUCAACAGCGUAUGAAUUACAAAAUCAUUCAUAAUGGUAUAAUGACGUCAUCUUUAUCGUGCAAUUGUACAGCACGCGACUCAUCUGGCACCCCCCAUGCCAGAUGAAAUUUCCGGCAUGGGUAAAACUAACGGAAACGCCAGUCUGAUAUGCAAGAAAAAACUAUCGAAACUGCCGUUGUAAUAACACUUCAAACCAAUUAGAACAAUACCUUAACUGACGCUCUGCUAUAUUUCGCUUUUGUAGAGUAAUGGAGCGAAAAAGAUCAUUUGACUUUAAUGAGUUAGCGCGUGUAUAUUGUUUGUACGAUAAAUACAGGAAUUAUUGCAUGAGUGCUUAAUGAGGGGUUGUUUCCCUUGAGUUACAACUUCACGAAUUCAACGACAGCAAUGCAAUAUUCCUAAUUUUUCAUUAAUUGUGAAAUGUGCUAAAUAAGGUUGCUUGUUUUAGCAAUGUAAUGUUGUUGUUUUUUUUGUUGUUGUUGUUGUUGUUGUUGUUAUUAUUAUUAUUAUUUCUUAAAUUUGUUCGGCUAGAAAUUAAAUUGUGUUCUAAGUUAUGUAUAAUAACAAUUAUAAUUCAUAGUAUGAUGAUGAUUAUGAUGAUGAUGAUUCAUGUAAGAUUAACUUAUUUUUACAGAUUAACAAUGCAUCCAAGCAUUUAAAAUGAAACACACAUUGCAUUUGUUUUUGUUUAUUAUACUUACAUAUAAAUGUAAACAUUCAAGUAUUUAAAAAUAUAGCUUUUAACAAUUGAUUUGCUUUAUGAAAGUAUUAUAUCAUUUUAUGAUGACUCAAACGACUCUUUCAAAUAUGAUGGAAGUCAAUUACUCUCACCUGUUACGGCAGGGUAGACAUGCUAAACGAUGUGUAACAUUUCAAUAUGCAUGCGUAUAUGUUAAAUUACCCGACUAUUUUUCUAGUACUGAAUAGUCCUAGUAACUUUGAUCAUUUUAACAAAUUAUACUUGACCCUAGUUUAACAAAAUCAACUUGAUUUUGUCAAGCAUUUAGCAAUGUACCAUACAUUUAAAACGAGUUCAAUUUGAACUGAAGAAUAUUAACCUGUGUGUACGGUAACAGUCUUGCCAUUUUUGUUUUCAUAAUAUUUCUGUUGUUGAUAUAUUAUAUCAUGUUUGUCCCAUAUGUUUGUUAAACUGGAUGCUACUGAAUGGUUUAUCCUAUCAUAUGAUAAUAAGUUUUUCAUAGAUCAAUUUUUCACUUUCAGCAGGGUACAACCAUUUAGUUAUCAAGUUUGCUCAAUAUUCAUUUUAGAGCACAA